UUUCCUUUCGGCUCAAAUAAAAAAAAAAAAAUCACUUUUGUCAACUCUUCUCUCUCCACUUACUUUCUCAACUCAUAACUAAACAAGAAGAAUAGCAUAGCACUGAACCAUAUGGUUAACCGGAGGAUCUCUAGUGGCUUCAAUCACGCACCACAACUAUUGCUGCGGUAAGUGUUAACUCAGUUCAUGCUACUGCUUGCUUCUGCUUGGAUCUCCGGUUUGAUCCGGUUUGACGGUUUCUUGUCCGGUUUUAUUGCCAGGCGGUUUUCAAUAAAUAUUAAAUCGGAUAUCGGACCGUUUUCCGGUAUAACCGGUCUAACCUGACGGUACGGUUUUCGCUACCAAACUCUUCAAUGUUACUCACUCUCAAUUUUUGUGGAAAACAAUUUAUUUGAAAAUAUAUUCGUUUAUCAAAGUAACCGAUAUUGAUAAUAUUAACUUUUAAAAUCUUCUCAGAAAUAUUAUUAAUUUUUACGUGUGGUGUCUAAAGGUUCUAGGUUGAAAACCCGCUAAACAAAAAUUUCUUAUUAAAAAAAAACUUUUAAAUUUAUAUUAUUUUAUUUAUAUUUAUUGAAAAAAAUAAACGAUAUUUUAGGAACUGCAAGCCCAAAAAAUUGUAUCUUUUAUAUAGUUAUAGAUAUAACCCUAAUGUGGGAGAGAGAAACCUAUAAGAAAAGGAAGAAGAACGAUGUCAGGCAACCACAAAUUGAAGAAGGUUAAAAUGUUUGAUGGCCCUAAUGAAUUGCCUGAAUUGCCUGACUGUGUCAUAUCUUACAUCUUGACAAAGUUAUCCAUGAAAGAAUUAUUGAAAACUAGUAUACUCUCUAAAAGCUGGUAUAAGCUCUGGACUUUAAGGAGAGAUCUUUACUUUGAUAUCUUCAAUGUCUUUGAAAACACUGAGGAGGAGCUACUACAAAAGGGCUAUCUUAUUGAUGUCCCUUACACUUAUUGUUCUGCCAUGGAGAGAAUGCUCACUUCUGAUACUAGUGAUUUAUUUGUUAAUCGAGUUGAUCAAUUUCUCAAGCAUUCUAAUGCCACAACUAUUGAUUCUUUCUUGGUCAAAUUCUAUUUAGGUUCUCAACAACAAACCUCUAUUGAUCAAUGGAUAAGUUUUGUAAUUAAAAGAGGGAUUCAAACUAUAGAUUUACUCUUUAGUGGACUUUCCCUUCCAUAUUCCCUUUGCUGCUGUCUACGCAACCCUUGUCAAUUUCCCUUCCACUUAUUUUUAGAGACUACGCCUUCAACUCUCAAGCGUCUCCGUCUUCAAUAUUGUCUUGUUUUUCAUCCAACUGAUUAUAACUUUACUUCAUUCAAAAACUUGAGUUUCCUUUCACUUGAUACUGUAAAAGGGGAUGAAUUUUUCAUUGAAACUUUAUUAUCUAACUGUAAACAACUUGAAGAGCUUCACUUAAUCAAAUGUAACUUCGAAUCACCAAUACUAAAGAUAGUGAGUUCAUCCCUUUGUCAUCUCAAGGUUACAACAUGCUUUCCCCCAUUCAGCGAUUUUUGGGAGGAGGUAAACCUGACUUUACUGGAUUGCCUUAAACUCACUUCAUUGGAGUACUGUGGACGUCGCUUGGGUAACAUGAACUUUAAUACCCCUAUGUUGAACAACAUUCGGCUUGCUGUUAUUUAUAGUGAAGAACAUCUUAAUGCAUUUGGACUCUUGGCAACUCUUCCUAAACUUGAGAUUUUGCAAUUAGACAUUUAUUCAAUGGUCCCAACUUCCGUAAAAUUAACUCAGCGACUCCAACAUCUCAAGGAGUUGAACUUGAUUCUUCACCUGCCAUAUGUCACCCCCCAGAAAUUAGACUUUGAUCUUUCAAGGAUUUUAACCAUCCUACAAGCUUGUCCACUUUUGCAGAAACUUUCAGUCAUGUUGCUAGUGAUGUGGAAGUGUUCUCUCAUGACGAGGUCAAAGUUAUUGAAUUGAGAGGUUGUGUUGGCAAUUGGUAUGAAAUUGAGUUUGCUAUGAAUUUUAUGAAAUAUGCCAACAAACUUGAGCAAAUAGUUUUGAGUCCAUAUUGGAAAGAUGAUGAAUCUUUGGAUUGGAGUUCUAAACUUGCAUGGUUUCAAAG